CCCUGACACAUGACGUCCCGUUCACUGCCCCCUCCCUUCUGCACCCGGAGGCCCCAGAGCAGCACUGCCGGAAGUGUCGUAAAAGCGAGGCGGAAACGCUGCGUCCUGACUGCCGGCGGCGGCGGCUUCCCUUUACGGCCGCGGGAUGGCUGACGCACCGUCUGGGCCUAGCGUGCUCUCCCACUACCCCGGGGCCGGCCUCGCCCUGCCGCCGGGAGACGAGCAAGAGGACGGGGAGGAAGAGGAGGAGGAAGGUCGGUACGAGCCCCGCCGCGGCCACCACCACCACCGCCGCCAUCACCAGCAGCUCAACGGCCUCAUCAGCCCCGACCUGCGGCACAUCAAGGCCCUGAAGAGCAAGCUGCCCCCGCCGCUCCACGAUGAACGGACUGGCGCCCCCAACGGGCUGGAGCGGCUGCACGAGCGGGAGGAGGCGGUGUUGGCCUCCCGCAUGGGCGCCUGCAGCCUGCACCCCGGGGACGGCUCCAUACGAUACGUGCGCUACGAGUCCGAGCUGCAAAUGCCCGAUAUCAUGAGACUGAUCACCAAGGACCUGUCGGAGCCCUACUCCAUAUACACCUACCGCUACUUCAUCCACAACUGGCCGCAGCUCUGCUUCCUGGCUAUGGUAGAAGAGGAGUGUGUAGGUGCCAUUGUCUGCAAGUUGGAUAUGCACAAAAAGAUGUUUCGAAGAGGUUAUAUAGCCAUGCUAGCCGUGGACUCCAAGUAUAGGAGAAAGGGCAUUGGUACAAAUUUGGUCAAGAAAGCUAUUUAUGCCAUGGUUGAAGGGGAUUGUGAUGAGGUCGUCCUGGAAACAGAAAUCACAAACAAAUCUGCUUUGAAACUUUAUGAAAAUCUUGGCUUUGUGCGAGAUAAACGCCUGUUCAGAUACUAUUUAAAUGGAGUUGAUGCACUGCGUCUUAAACUAUGGCUGCGUUAAGGCAAGGUGGUUGCAUCGAGGAACAAGGCCCCCCCCCCCCCCUCCCCCCCAAUCUGACGCUCGGUCAGGACCUCACUACCAUGCAGCGCUCCCGUCAGUAUCCCAUUGCGUGUCGCACUAUUUGUUGCACUAAGGCAUGGCGCGUACGUCCUGAACUCAACCGGAUCUACACUUUCUUUUCAACAUCGAGAAGACUUUCGUUUGGUACCAGCGACAUGUGCCACAAGUUGUCAGCCAAGACACCGUCAUUCAUUUGCAAAAUCUACUGACUGUUAUAUUAAAUAUAUAAAAAAAGGAUUAAAAAAAAAACAACAAAAACACAAAAAAAUUAUAAAAAUGAACAUUUUAUCACAAAACUUAUGUAAGAACUCUAAUCUUUGGUUCUCGGGGGGGAGAGGAAUUACAGCAGCCAAUGUAAAACUGUUGAAUUCUCUAAUUGUGCUAACGUUGCUACCAAUCUUGCCAUAGUUUUCUGAGGAAGGCAAAAAAUGUUCUCAGUAUUGAAUUUUUUUUUUUUUUUAUAUAUAUCUUUUUUUUUUUUUUUUUUCUCCAUUCUUGGUACCUUGGUAGUAAAUUCAAAAAAAUAAAUGCUUAAAUCCCAAUGUCAUUGUAGUGGCGGGUGGAAUAGUCAUGGUGUCUGCCAUGGUGCCUGUACAACGCCCACUCCUCCCCCUCCUAAGUUAGAAUGCAUGUUUUUCCCCUGAACUUUUUGAAAGGAAAUCGGUCGUUUUGGUUUUAUUUAAAGUUCGGAAAGUAAAUUAUUUCAAACUUUUAUAAUUUUGACAAAUAUAUAUUUUUUUUUCUUGCUUUUUCUGGUCAGUGUCGAUUGCCUCACUCUUCUUCUUUUUUU